AUGGUCCAAGUAUCCUCACUAGCAUUAGUAGGCUAUCUAGCUCCAGUGCUCGUGACGUUUCUGCUUUUUAUAACAUGGCUCAUCCUCGGCACCCGCCGUCGCCGUCGCCGUCGUCGUCGCCUCUACGGCUCUACAUACCCCUACUCGGACGCCGAAAUGGCGGCGGCGGCGGGGGGACAACGUAAUCCCCGGAUCGUGAUCUCACAGCAGCUCAUCGAGGUACUUUAUCCGCAGGUGAAGUACAAGUACUGGUUGGCUGGGAAGCAGAAUGAGCAGCAGCAGCAGCAGCAGGAACAGCAGCAGAAGGAGGAUCUACCAUCGGGUGCGAUAGCACAAGUGAGAUCGACGUCCGGAGAUAAUACUUCUGGUAAAUCAGCAGUGAACACCAACAUCAACGAUAGCCAAGAAAGAGACAAAGACACAGAAGAUGCAGAUACAAGCGGAGACAACCACCGCACGUGCGCAAUAUGCAUAGACCAGUUCGCGGAUGACGACGAGAUCCGAUCGCUGCCGUGUCGACAUAUCUUCCAUACGGUGUGUCUGGAUCCGUGGGUUACGAAGAAGAAUGCGUUUUGUCCACUGUGUAAGAGGGCUUUGUGUGGGGUAAAGAAGGGGGGUGGAGGGGAUAGGAGGAGUUGGCCUUGGAGGAGAGGAUCGCAGAGGGCGAGUGCGAGGGUGGUUUCGGUUUCGGUGCCCGAGGCGGCGGUUGUUAGAGGGUCGGUUUAG